AUGGCGUCCGACGACUCCGCGUCGUCCCAGGAGGAUAAGGAGGAGAAAAAACAGCGCAAGAAAGCGAAGAAAGCGAAGAAACAAAAGAAACAAAAGAAGGCUAAACGAGAGCGGCUCACGGCCCACGCGGCCCUCGACCUCACGCCGGCCGGCGAGCCCGCGCCGGCGCCGGCGCCGGUCGCGGAGACGCUGGACGACCGCGUGCGGCUGCUGGCGGCGCGCGGCGCGAGCGACGCCGAGAUCGGGAGGCUGCUCCGCGAGGCCGCGGGCGCGGUCGCGGCCGCGCCAGCACCCGUGAACGACGGCUUCACGGACGCCGAGCGCGCGGCGCGCGCCUUCAGCGCCAAGGUCAAGGGCGACGAGGGCGCCGCCGCGGCGCUGCGGCCCCUCCCGGAGCGGCGCCGCCGCCGCCGGUCGCGGUCGCGGUCGCGGUCCCGCUCGCGCGGGCGGCGGCGGCGCGCGCGGGGCGCCGCGCGCGGCUCGCGCUCGCGCUCACGGUCGCGCGGACGGCGCCGGUCGCGCUCGCGGAGUCCGCGCUCGCGGUCGCCCGGCGGCGACGACGCGAUCGCAGCCAUGCUCGGGAGCGCCGCGCGGGCGGCGCGGCGGCGCUCGCGCUCGCGGAGCCGCUCGCGGAGCCGCGGUCGCUCGCGGAGCCGGUCGCGGUCGCGCUCCUACUCUUCGCGCUCGUCCUACUCGCGGAGUCGCAGCCCGGUGCCGCGCCGACCGCCGCCCGACGCGCGCAACGAACUCGACCGGCUCAAAGGCGGCCACUACGAAGGGCGGGCCGCCGACGACCCCUACUGGGAGCACGACCAGUACGACCCCCACGCGCCGCCGCCCGAGCGCGUCGUGGACGAGCGCUACGAGCCGCCGCAGCCCGAGUGGUUUUCCAAAGCUGGUGGCGUCUGCAUCGCGAACCCGCGGGCCUGGAUGAACGAGCGGCGGGAGCGGGAACGGUCGGAGAGCCCGACACACUAUAUGGCGCCGCGCGUUUUGUGA